ACAAAAGAAUGGCUGAGGUCGUUGGAACUCCCCCGCCCAAGGAGCUACGUAUCCUGUGCUUCGACCUUGGCUCCUUUAACCGCACAACGCAGUUCCUGCUGAGCUGUGCAGGCGUCUUCGUCCUGUACAUUCUCUAUGGUUACAUGCAGGAACUUAUCUUCACUGUAGAGGGAUUCAAGCCUUACGGCUGGUUCCUCACGCUCGUCCAGUUCGGCUACUACAUCUGCUUCGGCCUGGUGGAGCGCCGCCUGGAGGGACAUCGGAUGAGUGGAGGAUCCUUUUGGAGCAGCAAACCUGUGGCCCGUUGCAUUCCCAUCAGCACGUACCUGGUGCUGGCCGCUCUCACUCUGGGCACCAUGGGACUGUCCAACUCCAGUUUGGGCUACUUGAACUACCCCACCCAGGUGAUCUUCAAGUGCUGCAAGCUCAUCCCCGUGCUGGUGGGCAGCAUCCUCAUCCAGAAGAAGCGCUACGGAGUGCUGGACUUUGCGGCAGCCACCUGCAUGUGCAUCGGAUUGGCCUGGUUCACGCUAGCUGACUCCCAGAUGACGCCGAACUUUAAUCUGCUGGGCGUGGCCAUGAUAUCGGGCGCCCUGCUCUGCGACGCCGCCAUCGGAAAUGUCCAGGAGAAGGCCAUGCGGGAGCACAAGGCGCCCAGCAGCGAAGUGGUCUUCUACUCGUACGGCCUGGGUUUCGUCUACCUCUUCGUUAUAAUGCUGGUUACCGGUCACUUCUUCAGUGGAUUGACAUUCUGCCUGGAUCAUCCGCUCCAGACCUUUGGCUAUGGCUUCUUAUUCAGCCUCUCCGGCUACCUGGGCAUCCAGUUCGUCCUGGCUCUGGUGAGGAGCAGUGGGGCUCCCAUAGCGGCCACAGUGACCACAGCUCGCAAGGCGGUGACCAUUGCGUUCUCCUUUAUCCUCUUCAGCAAACCCUUCACCAUGCAGUACCUGUGGUCUGGCCUGAUCGUCGUCCUGGGCAUCUAUCUCAACGUCUACAGCAAGCGGAGCAAGUUGACGUUAGCCGAUAUCUGGCGGAGAUUCAUGUGGUUCGCCAGAUCCAAGGAUGCACGGUCGCCGCAAUGCAAGUUUCUCAUCGAAGUUUAGUUAGAAUACAAAAAAUUGUAAUUUUAAGUCAAUUUUGAAACCCAGCUCUAAGGUGACAAGGGUUUCGGUUUAAAUGUACCUC